UUAUUCACGCAAAGUCAGAAAGGUUAUUACCGUAUCGUUCACUCUGUUGUUGUUUCUUGUGACACUUCGCGAUGUCGGCCACCGGAGAUGCUGAGAAAACUGCCGUUGAGCAGCCUCCGGCUGAUGCUCCCCCUGCGGAGCAGCCAGCCGAGAAGCCUGCUAAGGAGAAAAAGCCUAAAGCUCCUAAAGAAAAGAAGCCUAAAGCGCCCAAAACUGCUGCUCAUCCUCCUUACUUUGAGAUGAUUAAGGAGGCCCUCGUUGCACUGAACGAAAAGAGCGGAUCAAGUCCGUACGCAAUCGCAAAGUUCGUGGAAGAGAAGCACAAGUCGGAACUGCCUGCGAAUUUUAGGAAGAUCCUAGGGCUUCAGUUGAAGAACUCUGCGGCGAGGGGAAAGCUGAUCAAAAUCAAGGCCUCGUACAAGUUAUCCGAGGCAGGCAAAAAAGUCCCCGCCGUGAAAAAGCCAGCCAAAGCCAAUGCGGAGACGAAGAGGGCUGGUAAGCCGGCUGCUCAAUCGAAUGCGAAAACCACUAGAGCAACUGCUGCGGCGAAGAAGAAGACGGAAGCUGUGAAGGCAAAGCCAGAGAAGAAAGUGACUCAGGCUAAGAAAACGAAGAAGGCGGCGGCUCCAGCGAAGGCAAAGCAGCCAAAGUCAAUUAAGUCUCCUGCUGCUAAGAGGGCUAGGAAAGCUGCUGCUGCUUAAAGCGAGGAGUCUUACAGUAGUUUCCAAGUAUCUGUAUAGGUAUAGAGGUAGUACGGACUUCGGAGUAGGGAAAAUAAAUAAAUGAUGUUUUCUGUUUGUUAGGGAAAGAGUAGUGGAUUGUGAAUAUGGGAAAUGAUGCGGUUCGGUAGAUGAUGAUCAUGGCGGUAUCCGUGGUUGUUUUGGUGUAUAAUGCUUGAGAUGUUUUUAUGUGGUUAGAAUUUUGGGGUUUAAUGGAAUAGAAUCAUCAAACUUUGGGGCUCAACUUGCAAAUA